CCCGGUUCUCUCUUCCUCUCCUCCGCCAGGCACGCGCCCGUCUCUAUACAUAUUUGCGAUAGUACAGCCGCUCGAGGACGAAGUCUUAUUGAACGGCAACGGCAACUUGAGUGGUGUGCUCGUCGUACGCGUGCUUUCGGUCAGACGGACACGAUCCCUGCAGACGCAGCGAAUGACACCAUUCGGCUGCCUAUCAUGUACGGUCCCAGGACGGCCCAGGGUUUGAUCACGGACGCCCGAUUUGCCCUGCGCGGUGCCUGUUUUCUCUGCGCCGGCAUAGUCGGAAACAUGAAGCAGUUCUCGCCGGCCGACAGAUUGUCAAGGUGUUAGUUACUGACAAUGAAUCACCACUAGUGUUUACUUCGACGUUGGAAUGAUGUCGCGGCUGUCAGGAUGCAUGCGGGCUGGCGUUGGGCCGGCGGGUCGAUACGUGCCUUCACCAAUUCCAAGCGGUGGGAGUAUCUCCUGUCUAUUAUGAUAUUUCUCGCCCAGUUACUUAGCAUGCAUGACAGGCCCUUGCGCGAACCUUACAUUUAUCAGACGUCCUAUAAAUGUAGGAACCAGGCGGCAUGCCCGACGUGUUUGGUGCGAGCGCGGGGUACCUGGCCAUGUGCUCUGCCUCCGAUUCAGGCUUAUCGUGGGGUGAUGCCGCAUCCUGACGUCGUGGCCGAGUUCAUACUGUAUUGGGGUCGCGCAUAUCAGAUGCAUCGCGUCUGCUUCGGGACCUGAAUACAAGCUGCGGCGGCUGGUAGCGGUUCCUUACGAAUCCGGCCGAGAUCCAGAAAUCGGUACCAAACAAAUCUUGAGGCGAUCCAGAAGGAAUUCCGGCUCAUCAUCGCGGUUCGCUGCUCUUGUCAGUAUUGUUCUCGGGAACUGGAAUCGGGUUGAUGGACCUGAACUGUCAGGUGGGCAAUGUAGC